AUGUUUUCCUUCAGAUUUUUUCGUUUGAUCCCACACCUGAGGCCUACUGAGUACAAGAGGUCCAGAUUGUCGAGGAACAGGAGGACUGUGAACCGUCCUUAUGGUGGUGUUCUGUCUGGUCCUGCAGUCAGGGAGAGGAUCAUUAGGGCGUUUUUGGUGGAGGAGCAGAAGAUUGUGAAGAAGGUGCUUAAGAUCCAGAAGACCAAGGAGAAGACCACCAAGAGCUAA